CAUUCCGCCAUACCCACUCACCACUAUACAUUCUCCUCUCCUCUUCAUCUCACACCUUUACUUUUCUUCUCUUAUUAUUCAUCAACACCUCACACUUCAAACUUAUCUUCCUUAUUAGCUUUCAUGGAACCAAAUCUUGGCUUACUGGGUGGUGGCGGCGGCGGCGGUGGCGGUGGCGCUGGGGAGGCUGAGCUUGAGUUGGGCUUGGGCCUCAGCCUUGGGAGUGGUCCCUGUGGGUUGGCUAAGCCCAUGAAAUCAUCAGACUGCACCAGGGGGGGAGAAUAUGGAAGAAUCUUGACUGCCAAAGAUUUCCCUAAUGGCUUCCCUACUGGGACUCCAAGAACUAAUGGUGCUGUUUCUGGUACCAAAAGAGCUGCUGAUUCUGAGGCUGGGUCACCCCCCACUGGUGUAAGUCAGGUGGUUGGAUGGCCACCGAUUAGGGCAUAUAGGAUGAAUAGCUUGGUAAACCAAGGGAAAACUCUGAAUGCUGAAGAUGAUAAGGGAAUGGGCGGGGAUGAGAAGAAGGAGAACUCGAAAAAGAAGAUGAAUCAUGGAAAUAACAGCGAUGAUGGAUGUGGUGUCAAAGAAAAGGGAAGUCUCGGGUUUGUGAAGGUGAAUAUGGAUGGAUUGCCAAUCGGGAGAAAGGUGGAUCUGAAUGCUCACACGUCCUACGAAACGCUGGCCCAAACAUUGGAGGAGAUGUUCUUCAAGUCGACAACAAAAGCCAUGAACUCUAUCUGUGCGGAAAAGGAGCAAAGAAUGACACCCUCGAAGCUUUUGGAUGGAUCAUCUGACUUUGUGCUAACGUACGAGGAUAAAGAAGGCGAUUGGAUGCUCGUGGGAGAUGUUCCGUGGGGGAUGUUUCUCUGCACCGUGAAAAGGCUAAGAAUCAUGAAGACUUCCGAGGCUAAUGGACUUGCUCCGAGGGUCCAGGAAAGGCAGGACAGACACACCGGAAAACCAAUCUAAAGCUCCGUUCUUCAACAGCGUGCAAAGAAAAAAACACAAGUAGCUAGAGAAGUUAAUGCGUUUUGCUCAAGAUCGCUCUUUUGUCGCCUUUUGUGGUUUUGUUUUGUUUUUUUUUAAUGUUUUGCAACCCAUGUUCAAGUUUAAUUCCCCUUUACCUUUUCUAAGCCUAGUUGAAAGUAGUGUUUACCCCCCUCCUCAUCCUCCCUAUAUAUUUCACCAGAAAAUGUUUUGGCAAAUGCUACUUUCUCCUAGUGUAAAUAUGAGUGCUGUGCUUGCUGGCUGCCAGAAAUUGGAUUUAUUUAUUUAUUUAGGUUUCAUCA